AUGGCAGAUGUUGCAGCUGGUUCUAAUUACGGCUCUGAACUGAACAGACAGUUGCUCCGCCUGCAGCAGCUACUGGACGCGUUCAACACAGUUAGUGAAGGCAGCAACGAGUUUGAGUGGAAUCUGAGUACGGACGGAGAUUUUAUAGUAGCAAGCAUCGCUGAAAUGGUUGAUGACUUCAAAGAUCCAGCUUGGACACAAAGCAACUUAAAAAUGUUGAAGGCGUUGUGGAAUUUGCAAAUCCCACCUAAGUUCAAGAUUUUCAUGUGGAGGGUGAUCAUUUCUAGAAUGCCCACUAAAGAUCAAUUGCUUAGUAGAGGAGUUACUAAUAUUUCCAAUAAUCUAUUUUGUGAGUUUUGUGCAAUUCAUUUGGAGACUCUCCACCAUUUGUUUGUCCGGUGUCAAGUAACGAAAAUGAUUUGGGAGUGGAUUUUUUCUUGGAUAGGAAACAAUAUUUCUAUUUCGUUAGAAGAACUGAUAGAUUUUGGUGCUAUUCAAGAGAAGGUAAAGAAUGCAAUUGUCAAGAACAAGAUCAACAUCAUAUGGAUUGCCAUAAUUUGUACUCUUUGGCUAAUGAGGAAAUGCUAUGAUUUUUGA